UUAUCACGCUGACAUGCCCUCUUGCCUGCAAUGUCUCUCCCGAGCUGCAAGUCGUGGAAGUCGUCCAGGACGCGCUCCGCAAAAUUGGGUGCUUUUCUCGGACACGGAGCCUGCCGCUUUGGGAGACAUUUACGGUGUGCUGCAGUCUGUCAAGACGCCGAUACGGCUCAUAUUGGCUCGAAGUCUGGGCUUCGACCCCGGAGACGGUGCGUCUGUCGUUACGGCCAACAGUCCCUUUGGGAGUGCCAGAGCUGUCAGCCGUGCUGCACCGUCUUGGGCCUCCACCGUACCUGGCGCUGGGAAGAUACGACCGUGUAUCAUCAGGAAUACCGCACCAGCUCCCAAAGCUAUGACGAACGUCUACCUCAUGGCGACGUACAACGACAAACCUUUCGAUGAAUUGCCAAAGAUUUACCAACACUUCUCUCUGGCUGUCUAUCCUAACCAGGAACACGCAGUCCACCUGCAUACACAGCCGGAGUGGCAAGGGAAGGAGGUGCAGUGGGUCAUUGCUUACAGGUUUCCAAUCAUGUUCGGCAAAGAAAAUACACGGUGGACAAAUACAUGGGUUCAACACCCCGGAAAUUGUUACCUCACGUCGCACCAUCGCAUUGGGGAGGACAUGCUAGAAUGGCUCAACUCCGUUGCGGAUCGCAAGAUGGAUGAGUGGCAGCGAAUGUGUACAAAAGAUCCGCGAUUAAUCUCACAGAUGUUCAAGGAUUGCCGGAUCAAAUCAGAUGACGCUCGUAAACAAGCAAGAGCCGGGGUCGCGAGAUGGCGAACCCACCAGCAUGCCCUCACAUUGAAUCGCAAUGCGAGUGUGUGGUCUGCCGGAAGCAACCUAUCAGGUCUUGCUUCGAAUGGCCUUGAACAUUUCAGGGGCGGCGCACAGAACAUGCAACGUACAACGAAACAGACAUGGGAUCCGCAUGGCGCGCUGGUCGAUCAGAGCUGCAUAGAUGCGAACAAACAAGUCGAUGCAGACGGUUUCACGGUUGUGAGCUAUGGAAAGCGCAGGCAAUCUCAUGGAUCUAGCGUUACCAGUGGGUCGUACCGAUCCGGUCAGCGGGCUCAGUGACCGUCCGUUGGGAAGGCUCUGCGUAUAUACGGCGCGAUCACUGGCAUAUCCACAUUCUGCAAGCACACGGGUCCAGUGCUGCCAGUCCGCCCAUCUGUCUGGCUACGCAUUGGCCACAUGAACCAGUCAUCACAUUUCAUAUCGACUCUACAUUUAAUCUCCACCUGCUCCCGCGGCCCGCCCUCUGGGACUAUCAGUACUUCAGUACUUCAGUCACGGU